AUGGAUCUUUAUAAAAAGUGUACCUCACGUCCGGGUCUCUCUAAGCCCCGCCCCUCUCUGUCUGACCUCAGAAGAGCCAAGGGUGGGUGUGUCCAACGGAGCGCAGGGCGGUGGGACAGCUCAGCUGACACACUGCCGCUGGCCACAAUGCUGCGUGUCAUGGCCUCCUCUUUUGGCAGUAAUUGUGCACUUUUAUCCUGCCAGAGGAUAAAAUUGCCUUUCAACCACGUGGCACCUUUUUCUAAAGUCACCUCCACCAACAACAGACUAGAAAACCAGGACACAAUCGAGGCACUCUACAAACUCUCUUUGGACAUCGGCAAGGUGCGAAAGUACAAAAGCUGGGUAUUAUCUGAAACGUCCGCAUAUGUUAGUGAAACUGCAGAAAUACUGGAAGACAUGGGCGCACAUGCUUCUGUAAUCGCCUCAAUUAUGCAAAACCACCCUGAGGCCAUUCUGAGCCGGCCAGAGGACAUCAUUGCUCGGAAAAACUUGUGGAUGUCUGUGUGCGCGAGUGAGGACCAGUUGAUCAGGAUCAUUGAGAAGUUCCCAGCGGCUUUCUUCAUGAGGUUUCACUAUGAAAACCAACAUGCCAACAUUACCUACCUCCAGCGCCUUGGCUUAUGCAAUGAAAUUAUUGGUAAAGUGAUCGCCUGUGCCCCUCAGAGCUUGAGUCAAUCUGUGCAGAGAAAUAAGGAAGUAAUUCACACCUUAAGGGAAACAUACUUGGAACUGGGAGGGAAUGAGCGUGACCUGAGAGUGUGGCUGCAAACACUUCUAGGUCAGAACCCUCUCGUCCUACUGUGGCCCGCUGCAGUUUGGAGAGACGGUUUGUGUUUUCUGACAGAUCAGGGCUUCACCAAUGAUGAAAUGCUCAGUGUGGGCCUCAGAGCUCCCAUGGCAGAGAUGCAACUGCAGAACAUGCACCAAGUGAUGUCCUUUUUCAAACAAGUCCUGGACUGUUCCAAAGAGGAGUUGAAACAGAUAGUAAUCUGCUGUCCUGCCAUACUGUCGCUGUCCUUGGCAACGAUGGUGGAGAGGUUCUACGGGAUGAUGGACAUAGGACUGGGCACAGAGCAGAUCAAAGAGACUCCAGCUGUUCUGCAGAUGAGCACUCAGAUGGUGCGGUACCGAAUGCAGAAGCUGGCCUCCUGUGGAUAUGACGUUCAUAGCAACAGCCUGGAAAUCAUUGUGAGGUCGAAGAGAGAUUUUGACAUGACUUGUGCCUUGCUGCAACAAAAACAGCAAAAGACAUUGCCAUAA